CAAUUCAUUCCUCUUCUUCUAUGUAUAAAAGAGGAAGUGGAUAUUGACCGCUGGGCAGCGGCUGCCACGUGACAAAGAAUUCUACAUACAGUUUUCAACUUUUUCUUCUUCACAAAAGUUACAAUCAAUCUUCGUUUUUUCUCCAUUUCCAAAUCCAUGUCCUCCUCCAACAAAAUCACUCUCAAGAGCUCCGAUGGCGACUAUUUCCAAGUCGACGAUGCCGUUGCCCUCCAAUCUCAGACCAUCCGCCAUAUGAUCGAAGACAACUGCGCCCAUAACGGCAUCCCUCUUCCCAACGUCAACAGUAAAAUUCUCGCCAAAGUCAUCCAGUACUGCCGUAAACACGUUGAUGCUUCCUCCGCCGAUCCCCUCCCCUCCGAAGACGAUCUCAAGACCUGGGAUCGUGACUUUGUUAAUGUCGAUCAGGCUACUCUUUUCGAUCUCAUUCUGGCUGCAAAUUAUCUGGACGUCAAGAGCUUGUUAGACCUGACAUGUCAGACUGUAGCUGACAUGAUCAAGGGAAAGAAGCCGGAGGAGAUUCGAAAAACCUUCAACAUCAAGAACGACUUCACACCAGCGGAAGAGGAGGAAGUUCGCAGGGAGAAUCAGUGGGCUUGUGAAUGAUUUUAAGUCACAUACUCAAGGAUCUUGAUCAAUAAGUUCUGUACAUGGUAGUGGUACCGUAGUAUAUAAUCACUUCAUUUAGUUCUUUUUGUCGCAUUCACAUUAUUUGUGAAAUGUUUCUGCUUGAACAACCAAAUCAUAAUUGUAUAAAACUUCUUUUUCUUUGAUCAAGCACGGGCUUAACAAAUUGUCUCAAACCAACACUAUGUUAAAUUCAAUAUUAGCCUAUGCUUUUAGUUA